AUUAAAAUCUUUUCCCUUUUUCUUUUCUAUCCUGCAUGCUUCUCUCUCCCUCUCUCACUCACCGCUUCUCUCCCUUCCCUUCCGUAAGACCCGGCGUCUCUUCGCCGUCGACCACCACCACGAUCACCCUCAUCUCUCUAUCCAGUUUCUCUCUCUCACAACAAGCAGCAGUGCGCGACUAGCGCCGCGCCGCCGCCCUCGCCUAGCCUUCCCUGUCGCCCCGCCCGCCUCCUUCGGCAUCGGCGUCUCCGUCCUCUGACUUCGCAGUAGCAGCAGAUUCCAAAGCUCAAUUUCCGGUAUUUCAGUGCAGAUUCGAGGCGUGCAGUUUAUAGGAGCAUGGCUCUUAAUUUGUCAAGGCUUCCCUUCUCCAGAUUCUUCAGGCAGCUGGAGCAUGACAUGGAAACUGUCGUUAAGGUGCUGCAGCCCGGACCUUUGGGAAUAGUAGAACACAAGUUCACUGAUGAGGAGAUAAAAAGUGCCAAUUCAACUGUAAAGAGAGCAGUAGAGAACUGGCGGAGGACUUCUUACUGUGAAAGGAAUAAUCCUAUCAUGAAAGAUUUCAUAGAUGUCCAGACUUUUACUUUCCAAAACCCCUAGAUGAUCGGUGUAAUUUGUAAGCUGGUCUAUCAUUUACUUCACUACCACAGAUGUUUCUUUUUCACUAUAGGUCAAAUUACUUUACUUUCUUGUUGUGCGUCUGUUGCUUGCAGACCACAAAUAGGAAAAUGUUUGUUUGAAACUCAGUUAUCACGUUAAUGAAAAGGUACCUCUUGUUCUGAA